UAAGUUUCUAUUUGUUGUUACUGCCUGUUACUUAAUAAUUAAAUUCAACAUGUUGGACCUUGUCCAACCCAGCGAGCAGCUAAGUGGCUCCAAUAACAACAACAACAAUGAGGUGGUGGUCAUACGCGCUAAGCCCAAGAAAGUGUUUAAGCCCAAGGCACGCAUCAAUCGCAUACCACAAGAGCUUCUAGAUGAUCCACAACUGCAACAAGCUAUCGACCGCCUGCCAUCCAACUAUAACUUUGAGCUGCACAAAACUAUUUGGCGCAUAAAGGAAACAAAGGCAAAGCGUGUGGCGCUGCAGCUGCCCGAGGGACUGCUGAUGUACGCCAUGGUCAUUAGCGACAUUAUAGAACGAUUUACUAGUGCCGAUACGGUUAUCAUGGGUGAUGUUACAUAUGGCGCUUGCUGUGUGGAUGACUAUACGGCGCAGGCCUUGGGCGCAGAUCUGUUGGUACAUUAUGGACACAGCUGUCUCAUACCUGUCGAUCAAACCUGCGGCAUUAAGGUGUUGUACAUAUUUGUGGAUAUCAAAAUUGAUCCGCUGCAUUUCUUGGAUUCUGUUAAGCUUAACUUCAAGCCCGAAGUCGGACAAAUAGCCUUGGUUAGCACAAUACAGUUCGUCACGACGCUGCAAGCGGCUGCUACAGAGCUAAAGGCAGCUGGCUAUGACGUGUUAGUGCCGCAGGCGAAGCCCCUUAGUCCAGGUGAAAUUUUGGGCUGCACUUCACCGCAGCUGCCUGAAACAGCGAAAAUGAUUAUCUACCUGGGUGAUGGACGCUUUCAUCUUGAGUCUGCCAUGAUUGCAAAUCCGCUGCUUAAGGCGUACAAAUAUGACCCCUACGAGAAAAAGUUUACAGUGGAGCAGUAUGAUCACCUGGCCAUGCAGGAUAUACGCUACUCAGCCGUGCAGCGUGCCAAGCAGGCGCGUCGCAUUGGCAUCAUCUUGGGCACACUUGGACGUCAGGGCAGCGCACGUGUGCAUCGUUUUCUGGAGAAGCGUCUGCAUGCCAAGGGCAUAGCCACCACGACCAUUUUGCUGUCUGAAAUCUUUCCACAAAAGCUGGCGCUGUUUGCCGACAUUGAUGCCUUUGUACAGGUUGCCUGCCCGCGUCUAAGCAUCGACUGGGGCUCGGCGUUUGAGCAGCCGCUGUUAAAUCCUUACGAGCUUUCGGUGGUGCUGGGCGAUGUGGAAUGGACGCCGCACAAUUCAUCUCCACGUACUAAUGCCUAUCCCAUGGACUUUUAUGCCAGCGGCAGUCUGGGUCCCUGGACGCCCAACUUUAAACCACCCGCGAUAGGUGAAUGCGAGAAUCGCCCCUCAGCAGACUGUUGUGGUCGCUGCACUCGCGCUGAGCUGGAGAAGGAUGACACUGGCAAGGCCGCAGCAUUAGCUGAUUUGUUAGACUUUAAAAAGGGAUAAAGCUUUAACUUUCUAGGCUUGGCCAACUAUUUAUCUCAAGCGUAGCGUUGCAACUAAGUGAUUUAAUUUAUGUUCUCGCCAAAACCCCCAAAAUGUAAACCCAAUUAUUUAAGUUAGUACAAAUUUGAUUUCUAAGUUAUAUAGCUAUUAUAUAUAUACUUUUUAGCUCCAGAUUUUGUGUUCAAUCACAUCACACAGACAACAACACCAACAACAAGUUAACGAAACACAAACACGCAGCAUACAAUUGUCUAGUAAUAGUUUAGAUAUUAAUUUGAGCUUCACUUAAUUAACUUGCAAUGUAAUUAUUGUUGAACAUUAAAAAA